AGGAUGGCGGCUCCGCACAACGGAUCCAACAUCACGACCAACUACACCAACCAGUUCGUGCAGCCGCCGUGGCGCGUCGCGCUCUGGUCCAUCGCCUACAGCGUGGUGCUGGCGGUGGCCGUGUUCGGGAACCUGAUCGUGAUCUGGAUCAUCCUGGCGCACAAACGCAUGAGGACGGUGACCAACUACUUUCUGCUCAACUUGGCGUUUUCGGACGCGUCCAUGGCCGCGUUCAACACUUUGAUAAACUUUAUCUACGCCGCGCACGGGGAGUGGUACUUUGGAGAAGCGUACUGCAAAUUCCACAACUUCUUCCCCGUCACCUCCGUGUUCGCCAGCAUCUACUCCAUGACCGCGAUAGCUGUGGACAGGUACAUGGCCAUCAUCCACCCUCUGAAGCCUCGUCUCUCAGCCAGAGCGACCACAGGAGUCAUCGUCUGUAUCUGGAGUCUGGCCGUGGUCCUCGCCUUCCCCCUCUGCUACUUCUCCAGAGUCCGAACGCUGCCGCGCAGGACGCUCUGCUACGUGGCCUGGCCCCACAUGGCCGACGACCCCUUCAUGUAUCACAUCAUCGUGACAGUUCUGGUCUACGUGUUGCCUUUAGUGGUGAUGGCCAUCACCUACACCGUCGUGGGGGUGACGCUGUGGGGAGGGGAGAUCCCAGGAAACUCGUGUGAUAACUAUCACGGGCAGCUUCGGGCUAAAAGGAAGGUGGUGAAGAUGAUGAUCAUUGUGGUGGUGACCUUUGCCCUCUGCUGGCUGCCCUAUCACGUCUACUUCAUCGUGACGGGUCUCAACAAGCGUCUGAGCAAGUGGAAGAACAUCCAGCAGGUCUACCUGUCGGUGCUGUGGCUGGCGAUGAGCUCCACCAUGUACAACCCCAUCAUCUACUGCUGCCUCAACAGCAGGUUCCGAGCGGGCUUCAAGCGAGCGUUUCGCUGGUGCCCCUUCAUCAAGGUGUCCAGCUACGAUGAGCUGGAACUGCGCUCGACGCGGCUGCACCCGACACGCCAGAGCAGCAUGUACACGCUGUCGCGAAUGGAUACCACCAUGGUGGUUGUUUACGACCCCGCUGAAGGUGAUGGUGGCCCUGGUGGUGGCUCUGGGAGGAAGCACUCCCUGUCCGCGAGGAAGAAGAGCUACAUCACGUCUCGCCACACAGAGAUCACAGGAUGCAACGGCGGCGGUGGGAAAACACAGAAUGGAGCUCCACCAAGUGCUCAACCCGAGGAGUUCUCUUGA